CCUCAGCACCCCAAUCUACAAGUGUGCCUCGUACCCGUCAAUUUCUUUUUCAAGACCUGCGGCAAUUAUUCGUUCGGGUAGAUGCAUUUCUAAAUGAUACCUGAAGUACAGCCUGAGAAGGCUUGAGCACCCCUUAGCCAAUCAGAUGUCCCGUGCCUGUCCCGACAUUCGCCCAAUAAAUUAGGAUCGAGAAAUGUCUGUGAUGUCGCCAUGUAUAUGCAACCAAUUGAUGAACUCCUCAUCCCUUUAUUAAGGUCUACAUUCUCUGUGCGUCCUGACCAUGAAAAGAUUUGUCAAGUAUUUCGCGGACGCCCAGGCCUCACUCGCACUCGCCCGCACACGUGGCAGAAGUCGGGAUAUUCAUCAGCUUUGUUGGGACUGCUGAUGUUUCCAGAAGGACCACGUCUUGCGAGUCAAUGCCAGUACCACAAAUUAAAACUCAGGGCCGUGGGCCUGUGGCGUUUCUUGAGUAACAUGACCCAAGCUGCCUCGAAGGCUCCCGGAAGCGGGAUACGAAAGCGGUCUGUGUUAAAUCGAGGGCCGCUAUCUCCCUCGUCAUUGUCAAGAGUAGUGAGCUCCCGUCCGACGAUGUGCGGUUACAUGUUAUUGAAGUGGUACUGCGAGGAGUGCGGAGCAGUAGGCCUUUCCCAGAUAUUGUUGCCCAUCACGUACCUAUCCUAUCACUCGUUGACGAGCUCGUCGAGCCUCCGAACCUCUUCAGUAGACCAUACGCUCUUCUACAUCUGGCCCUGCGAUGGUACACCAGCGACGAGGUCAAGGUCGAAGAUUGCAACGCCUUCAACUCUACAGGCGAUUGUGAUCAGCGAAUCCUUGUGGGAGCGGGAGAGUCAGAUGCCGGCGGCCUCUGCGACGAUUGCACAAGAGAGCAUCAUAGUGAUGCAUAGUCUCAACUUUCCCCUUAGGAGGCGCAACUCCAAGAACAGAUUACAACAACAUUCGGAGUAUGAGAUGUCUAUACUAUGCCUCAGGUCGUAAGAUAAUUCGAUAGUGCCGCGCCCAAAGCCUAGGAAAUAUUUGCUUGCACGUGGAUAGAUAAAAGGGGGGGCUGGUCUCAAAGAGAGACAGAAAAAGUGAUCAAUUCUAUCUUUGCUUUGGUGUUGAGUUACCUGUAAGGAAGUUCGGCGGCAUGGUAUCUAUUUCUAGUAUUGUAUAAAUUGAUCGGGCGCAAUCGAACGACCAUCCUUUGGCCCAAGAAUGAUCAUCAGAUGAUUAUGG